CCCGCACUUGUCCGUCGUCAAUGCCACCGUUCUUAUGAUGUCGGCCGCCCCUAGGCCAAGCUCACUUUCCGAUCUUGUCGGAUACUACACUUCUUACUUGGUCAAUCCUCUACAGUGGACUUCACGCCAUCUCGACCUAGUCAGCUGUCGCUUUGAAGAUGUCGUCAUCACCCCUUCCAGCAGUCCGCCAAACCACAGUCCCAACCAGAAUUUGCACCGGACUUCUGACGCGAGAACCGAUGCUGAGAAGCUCGCGAUGACGUUGGACGCUAUUACCAAGCGCUGCUCUCUUUUCAAUAUCUUGGUCAUCGACACGCGCCUUUUCGCCGGACUCAGCAAAGGCAGUCCGUUCUACUUCCAAGGUCGACGCGUGCGUCGUCUAGCAAACUAUGUCAUGUUCAUCUACCACGAGAGAGCCAUUGACCCCGCCGAAAACCGGACACCUACCCCUGUCGGUUAUCUGCAGUACAACUCCGUUCAUGGAGCACGUCGAAAGCUAUUCGAAGCUCGUCCAGGUCCGAGGGGAGAGAGUAACCGGGUUGGUGGCACACUAUGCUGGAAGCGCAUACAACAGAUAACCCCGGAAGAAUGGACGGAGGACCCCUAUUUCAUGUGUCCCCUCUUGGCCCUCGCGCAGUUUGAGGAGCAGCGGCGAGAUGAGUCAAACCCGGCUACUUUUACUUCUCGUCUCCUCGUGACGGAAGUCGCAGAUAAAGAAAAGAUAGUCCUCUACGAGGCUGACAUUGCAACGGAGCUUCUAGAUGGGCUCAAGAAUCCGAAGGAGGCAGAUCGUCCAAUGAACUAGCCCAUCGUCAGACGCAAAAAGAUACCAUACCAGCCUUACAAUACCUUCCCUGAAAGGAUUACGGCAGAGCUCCAGACGCCUGGAUUCUCGCCACUUGAUGGAAUCAGUUCGAUACCUGACAGUUCGGUCCCAGACAUGGAUGGUAAGACUCGAAGAGGUCAGAAACGGCCGCACGGUGCAGAAGAGGAUACACCAUGCAAGCAGACACGGAUCUCCGACACGUCAUAGGUGAACCGACGUCAACACUAAUAAAAUGUCUGAUAAUCAGAUAGUCACGUAAUUAAUGUAUACUAGCC